AUGUUAAUUAAUGACUCUUCUGGUUUUUCCAAUUGCAAGAUCUCUUUUCUUCUCGUUUUGGUUAAACGAAACGAUGAUACAAAACAAGACAAUGCUUUACCUGGUUAUGGCUCUUCUAAUGGUUUGCAACUGGUUGGGAUGACAAGAAUGGAGACCCUGGACGGAGCACCAAAUGCAAGUCAACCUGUGUUACAAGCAUUGGACUUGGUCGAGGAUGACUGGUGUCUAGGAUCAUUUAUGAAUCUAGGGGCUGGAUCUGGUGCUCAAGUAGUCCUUGGAAGUCCUGCCAAUUGCGGUAUGGUUUGGAAAGAAUUAGGGGAUAAUAUCAUAACUGGUACCAUGAUUGUCGUCUACACAAUCAAUUGUCGAAUGGCAUUGGACUUGGUCGAGGAUGACUGGUGUCUAGGAUCAUUUAUGAAUCUAGGGGCUGGAUCUAGUGCUCAGGCAUUGGACUUGGUCGAGGAUGACUGGUGUCUAGGAUCAUUUAUGAAUCUAGGGGCUGGAUCUGGUGCUCAAGUAGUCCUUGGAAGUCCUGCCAUUUGCGGUAUGGUUUGGAAAGAAUUAGGGGAUAAUAUCAUAACUGUGGCAACCCUUCUUUCUCUUCGAACCCAUGAUGAUGAUGACAUUCAAUUGCAAGAUGAUACAAAACAUCCGCUGGUGUUGACAAGGUAUCAUGAUUGUUGUCUACACAGUCAAAUGUCGAAUGAUCAUCAUCAUUUUGCAUUGGACUUGGUCGAGGAUGACUGGUGUCUAGGAUCAUUUAUGAAUCUAGAGGCUGGAUCUGGUGCUCAAGUAGUCCUUGGAAGUCCUGCCAUUUGCGGUAUGGUUUGGAAAGAAUUAGGGGAUAAUAUCAUAACUGAUACUAUGAUUGUCGCCUAUACAAUCAAAUUAGUAAGUUGUCAGGAAAGAAAAAGAUGAUCAAUCAAUAUUACAUACAAUCACUUGUUUCUUUCUCUCUCUCUUUUUUUUUUUUAGAUCCUUCCUUUUAUUGUAUGGGGAUUGAUACGGUAUCGCUGUCAGAUGAUAUACGCAAGGUAACAUUGACAUAUAUAAGAAUAACAGUGAUGGAGUACUGUUUUUUGGUUGAUUUUAUCUUCAAACAAAACGGUGAUAUAAAACGAUCAAUGGUGCAAAAUGAUAAGUCUAAAAAAAAUAAUAGAUGAAAAAAGAGAAUGAUACUAAUGUAUUUCUUCUUUUAUUUUAUUGAUCUUUUAGAUAUUAUUGUCUAUAUAGUC